AUGAGUCAUAAAACCGAUGAUAAUUUGAAAGAAUUAUUUUUAAAUCAAAUUCAGAAAUUAUUACUUUCAUCAGACAAAUCUAUUGAAGAUCUUCAAUCUUUACUUCAGACAAUUAAACAAUCAGAACAAUACAAUUAUUAUCAGUAUGCAUUUCAAUCUGCACAUGUCUCAGCCAUAGAUGAACAUAAAUAUGAAAUUGAUUAUUUAAAGAAAGGUCAAUCAACAUGGGAAAAAAGAAUAGUAAAAAGUUUAAAUACAAUGUGUGUUGAAAUAAAUUUACCACUUGCUCGACAAAGAAAUGAAAAUGAAAUGCGAUCUGUAAGAAAACAUUGGAAUGAACUUGGUCAUAUCUGUGGAGACUUAAAUCGUUUUCGUCCUGUUUAUUCUGCAAAAGAUUUUCUCGAUGUUAUUUGUGUAUUAAUUAAUCCAAAUCUUAAAAUUGAUGAAUCACUUUGGAAUUGUGGUUUAAUCAAAAUUCCAAUCGUAACAAAGAGUUUUACUGAAAUUAAAAGUUUCUUUUCUGAUCUUUGUCCAAAUAUAAUUCAAUAUUGUUCUGAUGAAACAUUUAAUGAAGUUAAAGAAGAAGAAAAUAUUCGAUUAGCAUUACAAAUCCUCGAAAAGAAAUGGAAUAUAAAUUCUAUACGUGAAUAUGCACGACGUGGUUGUCCAACAAGUUUAAGAGGAAAACUUUGGUCAGCUAUGUUAGAUGUUGACUUUUCAAAUUGGCAUUUGACCUAUUUCAAUUAUCUCAAACAAAAUGUCAUCGAUUUUGAUCUCUUAGUAGAUAGUUUAUAUUUUAAGGAUGUAAAAUUAACAGCAGUAAAUGAUGAUCAAUUGUUCGUGUUUGAAGAUUAUUUAUAUCAAGUUCUUUUAUUAUUUUCUCGUGAUACAUAUGUUCAAUCUUGUUUUUCAACGAGUACAAAUGGUUGUCAACCAAUUCGAUCAUUUGUUAAAAAAGUAAUAAAUGCUGAUGAAUGUUCAGUAAUCUACCCACCAAAUGGAAUUAUUCCAUUUUAUGGUUUUUCAAUGCUUGUGGCACCAAUGUGUUUUGUUUUUGAAGAUCCAAUCCAUUUAUAUUUUAUUUUUCAACAAUUUUAUAUGAAAUAUUUUUUUCAUUUACAUCAUAUUUCCGCAUCACCAAAAGCUAUUAUUGGUUUAUGUGUUUUAUUUGAAAGUUUAUUACGACAAAUCUCAUCAGAAUUAUGGUUUCAUUUACAAGAAAUUCAAGUUCAACCAUUACGAAUUGCUUUUAAAUGGAUGAUGAGAGCAUUUUCAGGUUAUUUAGGUUCCAAUCAAUUAUUAGCACUUUGGGAUAGAAUACUUGCUUAUGACUCAUUAGAAAUCUUAGCUGUUCUUGCUGCUGCAAUAUUUAUAUUACGUAAAGGAAAUGUUCUAAAAGAAUCAAGUGAAACAGCGAUUGAAGCUAUAUUUUCUGAUAUAUCAUCGAUUAAAGUAAUUCCAUUACUUCAAUUUAUACUUGGUCACUGA